CGCGCCAGCGCAGACGCCGUAGCGCCGCGCGCCCUGAGCCAGCGCUGCGAGCCUGCCACUCGCCGAGCUGCUUCAUAAUUGUUACACAGACGAGUUCAAUAAUUAAGCGAUAAAUAUACCAGCAGUGGCGGUGAGAGGAGGGCGGCAGUCGAGCGGCGGCCGCGUUACGUACCACACACCCGCACCGAGUGAUGGACCCGAAGCUCAUUCGACAUUUUUCUAUCGGACGCCGUAGGAAUCUCACCGGACUGGUUCCCGCGCAACGCUGCGUUAGUGCGCCGCUCUGGUGAACCCUUUCGCUUGUAAAUGUGCCGAUAUUUACAUAUGCGCGCUCGAUCUCGCGUCGAACUUUCGAUCUGCGCCCGCGCCUCGCGGCUGAGUUGUGAGCCCCGCGACCUGGCAGCCGCCGGCGACUACGAGCCGCCGCCGCCGCCCCAGCGCGCUCUACUGCUGCACGACGUGCGAUGACCUACGUGGGUCGAGGAGAAUUAUGCGUGGGGCGUGCGCAUGCGCGGUGGUGUGCGCGCUGGUGGCGCUGUGCGCGUGCGCGGGGCUGGACGAGCGCACGCGCGGCGCGGCCGAGCGGCAGCUGCUGGCGCUGCUGGGGCUGCCGCGCCGGCCCGCGCGCCGCGCCGCGCCGCCGCCCGUGCCGCGCGCCAUGCGCCUGCUGUACGAGGCCGACGGCGCCAUCCCCGCCGCCGCCGCCAACACGGCGCGCUCCUACCACCACACUCCCACCGAGCUCGACCAGCGCUUCCCCGCCGAGCACCGCUUCCGGCUCUACUUCAACCUGAGCGGCAUCCCCGGCGACGAGCUGGCAAGGGGAGCCGACCUCACCUUCCAACGAGUCGACGGCGUCACGGGCGCCCAGCGGCUGCUCCUGUACGAUGUAGUGCGGCCGGGCCGUCGCGGCAAGACGGCGCCUAUCUUGCGGCUCCUCGACUCAGUACCGUUGAGGGCCGGUAAAGGCGUCGUCACGGCGGACGCGCUCGGCGCCGCGCGGCGGUGGCUCUCGGAGCCUAAACAUAAUCAUGGACUAUUAGUGCGUGUGUUAGAAGAGGGUGAGCAAAAUGUAGACGCUAAACAACCUCAUGUGAGAGUGCGGAGACGUGCGACGGAAGAAGACGAGGAGUGGAACACGCGGCAACCGCUGCUGCUGCUGUACACGGAGGACGCGCGCGCCCGCGCCGCGCGGGAGAGCGGCGAGACGCGCCUGGUGCGCAACAAGCGCGCGGCGGCGGGCCGGCGCGGCCACCGCGCGCACCACCGCCGCAAGGAGGCUCGCGAGAUCUGCCAGCGCCGGCCGCUCUACGUGGACUUCGCGGAGGUCGGCUGGAGCGACUGGAUCGUAGCGCCGCACGGCUACGAGGCCUACUACUGCCAGGGCGACUGUCCGUUCCCCCUGGCCGACCACCUCAACGGCACGAAUCACGCGAUCGUGCAGACUCUCGUGAACUCAGUGAAUCCGGCCGCGGUGCCGAAAGCGUGCUGUGUACCGACGCAGCUCUCCUCUAUUUCCAUGUUGUAUAUGGAUGAACUAAAUAAUGUGGUGCUCAAAAAUUAUCAGGACAUGAUGGUGACGGGGUGCGGCUGCCGAUGACGAAGGCGCCCCCCACGCCCAGUGCGGACCUAGUGAUAACUCGUGGACCCAGUGUACAUAUAGUGACGGCCUCGAACAUUGUACAUACUUAUUUGUGUAUAUAUUCGUGUAAUUAUUAUUUUAUUAAAAUGCAGAUGUAAUAAAUGAUGUAAUUUUAAAUUG